AUGCAACACAGCAAUACUCGCAAACCCCAAGCUAAGGCAUAUCCUAUGUAUUUAUCUGAUAAACGCCAACUACACAUGGACUAUAAGCCUCAGAAACAAAUCACCGAAUUCAAGGAAGCCUUCUCCUUGUUUGACAAGGACAACGACGGCAAGAUCACUACCAAAGAGUUGGGUACUGUCAUGAGAUCCUUGGGUCAGAAUCCUUCCGAGAGCGAGUUGAAGGACUUGGUCAACGAGGUUGAUAUCAACAACGACGGCAAUAUUGACUUCCCAGAGUUCUUGACCAUGAUGGCCAGAAAGAUGAAGGACACGGAUUCCGAGGCCGAGAUCGCUGAAGCGUUCAAGGUCUUUGACAGAAAUGGUGAUGGUAAGAUCAGCGCCGCCGAGUUGAGACACGUCUUGACCUCUAUCGGUGAAAAGUUGACCGACGCCGAGGUUGACGAGAUGAUCAGAGAGGCUGACGCUGAUAACGACGGCGAAAUCGACAUCGUCGAGUUCACCCAAUUGUUGGCCGCCAAAUAA